AUGGGAGUCCGAGGAGCAUUCCACCUUCUGCUCGUGUGCCUGAGCCCAGCGCUGCUGUCUGCUGUACGGAUCAAUGGGGAUGGCCAGGAGAUCCUGUACCUGGCGGAAGGUGACAAUGUGAGGCUGGGCUGCCCCUACAUCCUGGACCCUGAGGACUACGGUCCUAAUGGGCUGGACAUCGAGUGGACGCAGGUCAAUUCAGACCCCUCACAUCGGGAGAAUGUGUUCCUUAGUUACCAGGACAAGAGGAUCAACCAUGGCAACCUCCCCCACCUGCAGCAGAGGGUCCGCUUUGCAGCCUCAGACCCCAGCCAGUACGACGCCUCGAUCACCCUUUCGAACCUGCAAGUCUCCGACACAGCCACCUAUGAGUGCCGGGUGAAGAAGACCACCACGGCCACCCGGAGGGUCAUCAUCACUGUCCAAGCACGGCCUGCGGUGCCCUUGUGCUGGUCUGAGGGCCACUUUACACAUGGCAAUGAUGUCGUGCUGAAGUGCUUUGCCAAUGGGGGCAGCCCACCUCUCACCUACAAGUGGGCCAAGAUCAGCGGGCAUACUCACCCCUACCGUGCCGGGUCCUACCAUUCUCAACACAGCUUCCACUCUGAGCUCUCCUACCAGGAGUCCUUCCACAGCUCCAUCAGUCAAGGCCUGAACAACGGUGACCUAGUGUUGAAGGACAUCUCCUACAAGGAUGAUGGGCUGUAUCAGUGCACAGUGGCCAACCACGUGGGCUACAGCGUGUGCGUGGUGGAGGUGAAGGUCUCAGACACCCGGCGCAUAGGAAUCAUCAUCGGCGCAGUGCUGGGCUCUUUGCUCGCGCUGGGCUGCCUCUUGGUGGGCAUCUGGGGGCUCGUCUGCUGCUGCUGCGGGGGCGCCGGGGUCGGCGGCGGCUCCCGCGGUCCCUUCGGCUACGGCGGCGGGGUCGGCGGCGGGGUCGGCGGAGGGGCCUGCGGCGACUUGUCUAAUGAGAUCAGAGAGGACGCCGUGGCGCCCGGGUGCAAGGCCAGCGGGCGCGGCAGCCGCGUCACCCACCUCCUGGGGUACCCGACGCAGAACGUCAGCCGCUCCCUGCGCCGCAAGUACGCGCCUCCGCCCUGCGACGGCCCGGAGGGCGUGGCCCUGGCGCCCCGCCCCGCCCCCGCGGCCGCCGCCUGCGAAGCGGGCCCCUCCCCGGUCUACGUCCAGGUCAAGAGCGCCGAGCCCGCCAGCAGCGCCGCCGAGGGGCCGCUGCAGAGCAAGGACGGCCUCGUGGUGUGA